AACUUGGGCUAAAGAGAAGAUAUAGUAGUAGACUGACAACAUUAUUAAUGGCUUCUUCGACUCUAAAAGCAAGACUUGAAAAUAAGGUAGCAAUCGUCACCGGUGGAGCUCAAGGAAUUGGAGAAUCCAUGGCAAGGACGUUAGCAAAACAUGGAGCUAAAGUUGUUAUUGCUGAUCUCAAAGAUGACUUAGGGGAAUCACUCUGCCAAGAAUUGGGACCCGAAUUCGUUUCAUUCGUUCACUGUGACGUCACCAUAGAAACCGAUGUUGAGAACGCCAUCAACACCACCAUCACUAGGCAUGGCAAACUAGACAUCAUGGUAAACAACGCAGGGAUUAUCGACGAAUCAAAACUAAGCAUCUUGGAAAAUGACAAGGCAGACUUUGAACGUGUUGUUAAUGUCAAUUUAACAGGAGUUUUUUUAGGAACUAAACACGCGGCCCGUGUGAUGAUCCCUAACUGCAGGGGAAGCAUCAUCACGACCGCGAGUGUAUGUUCUGUCAUGGGGGGUAUUGCUUCUCAUGCUUACACAAGCUCAAAGCACGGCGUUGUAGGACUAACAAAGAACGCGGCUGCAGAGCUUGGCAAGUAUCAAAUUCGGGUUAAUUGUGUUUCGCCUUAUGUGAUACCAACUUCAUUGGCACUUAAGUUCUUUAAAAUGGAUGAAAACUCAACUGUUUUCUCAAACCUAAAAGGAAAGACACUUGGACCACAAGAUAUUGCAAAUGCUGUUCUGUUUUUAGCAAGUGAUGAAUCUGAGUAUAUAAGUGGGCAUAACUUGGUUGUAGAUGGUGGCUACACAGUUCUCAAUCCUGCGUUUGGCCUCUUUGAUUGGAAACCAUAGAUAUAUCUCCUAAAUUACUACUACUAUCAUAUGUUUCAGUAUUUGUAUUUUGUGUGUUUGCUUUUUUUUUUUUUUCUCCUCUUGUUUCCUUUCCUGGAUAAAAAUCUAGUCUUGUCCUUAUAAAUAAAGUUAAGGAAUGCAAUAAGAAGUUUCUUUGUUCUGUUUUUAA